UGCAGCGUCUCUCUCGGCCUCGCGGUGGUGGCGGCGGCGGCUGGGGCUCAGCGUCCGGCUCCGGCGCGCGCCAUGUCUCGGAGGAAGCUGGGCAGCGUGCCCCGCCGGGGUCCCAGGGCCGAUGAGGCCGAGCCGCGGGCCCUCGACGAGCCUGAUGGCCCGGCCGGCCCCGCGGCCUCGCCUGCUUCCUGCUCAUCGAACUCGUCCUCUUCGUCCGUCCUGCCGCUCCUGCCCCGGCCGGACCUCCCCGACGGCGGCCCGGCUCCGGCGUGCGACCUACCCCGGAGGAAGCUGGACAGCGCGCCCUGCCGGGGGCCUGGGAAGCAGGCCAAGGACGACGUCCAGCCCAAGCCGCCCGAUGGCCCGGGAGGCCCGGCAGGCUCACCGGCUUCCUCCUCCUCCUCGUCCUCAUCCUCGUCCUCCUCGGCUUCCCUGCCGCCGCUGAUUAUCCCGGACUCCCCCGACGCGGGCAGCGCCGGCGAGUGGCCGGACGGGCGCCAGGGCCCCGGGUGCGCGCGGGCCCCCUCGCGUCGGUCCGGAGGCCCCGGGCGCCUCCUCCCCGCAGCCCUCCGGAGCUGCCCAGACCUGCUGACGUGCGGCCGCUGCCUGCUCACCUUCCCGCUGAGCCAGAUCGUGGCCUUCAUGGAGCACAAGAGGGGCCGCUGCCAGAGACCAGCCUGGGGCCAGCGCCCCGACCCCGGAGGAGACGCGGGGUCCCCGGAGCCGUCGGCCUUUUCCUGCAGCAGCUGUGGCAGCUGGUUCAUGGGAGCCUGGACCCUCCUCCGCCAUGCCCAGGAGAGCCACGGCCUGGCCAUCUACCAGAGCCGGCCCGGCCCGGCAGAAGACGCAACCGGCGCAACCAGCGCGGCAGCGGCAGCGGCACCGGCAGCCGCAAGCGCGGCCCCGACCCCCGGCCCGGUUCGAAGUCAUUCUUGCGACUUUUGCGGCAAAAGCUUUCGCUCUCACAGCAACUUGACGGUGCACCGGCGCACCCACACCGGGGAGCGGCCCUACCACUGCCCGCGCUGCCCCUACGCCUGCGCCCAGAGCAGCAAGCUGACCCGCCACCUGCGCACCCACCAGCGGGAGGGCCCCGGCUCUGCCCCCGCUCCUCCCGAGCCUGCUGACCACGCCGCCGCCCCCACCGACCUGGUCCCACCCCCAGGGCCCAGCAGCGGCAGCAAUGAGGAAGGGGGCAGCCGGGAGCCCGGCUCCCCGGGCGCUCCCCCCGCCGGCCCCGGGGAGGAUGCAGGUGGGGGAUGUCGAGGGGGGGCGGGACGUCGAAGGGGAGACACGUGUGAGUUCUGUGGCAAAGUCUUCAGAAACAGCAGCAACCUGACGGUUCACCGGCGCUCCCACACAGGGGAGCGGCCCUACGCCUGCCCCCUCUGCCCCUAUGCCUGCGCCCAGAGCAGCAAGCUGACCCGCCACCUGCGUACCCACGGCCCCGCACCCGGCCCGCCCCCUUUCCAAUGCCCGCACUGUCUCGUGCCCUUUGGUCUCCGAGCCACUCUGGACAAACACCUCAAACGACACCACCGGGAGUCGGGAAGCGGGUCUGCGCGGGAGGCCGACCUCCAGCCCCCAUCCCAUCUGUGACCGUUCAUUUUUUAUUUUUGGUAAUAAACAUUUCUAGUUUUUGAAA